AUGCAUAUCAAAACUCAAGGAUGGAGCGUUGAAGACUGGCGUUCUUUCCACGCACAUGCCACCCCACAAGAAGGUCUGGACCAGCUUUUAGCUGUGCUAGAAGCUCAAAAAAAAGCUCCCCAGGACCCAGCUUGGAUCUCGCUCGUUACGCCAGAGCACUUGACACACCAGUGGCGUAUUUUGCAUAGCAAACGCGACAAACAAGCAUUGCCGCUGUACGGUGUGCCAGUGGCCGUAAAAGAUAACAUCGACGUGGCAGGAUCAUGUACUACGGCGGCUUGUCCAAGCUUCGCAUACGAGGCAUCGCAGGACGCCACCUGUGUCUCGUUGUUGAGAGACGCCGGUGCCAUUGUGUUGGGCAAAACCAACUUGGACCAGUUCGCCACUGGCCUGGUGGGCACACGGUCGCCAUAUGGCAAAACGCCGUGUGUUUUCAGCAAAGAUCACGUGUCGGGAGGGUCUUCCGCUGGCUCAUCGUCGGUUGUGGCACGUGGGAUCGUGCCCUUGGCGCUAGGGACCGACACGGCCGGGUCCGGCCGUGUGCCAGCGGCAUUGAACAAUUUGGUGGGCUUGAAACCCUCCAGGGGCGUGUUUUCGUGCUCGGGCGUGGUCCCUGCAUGCAAAUCGCUAGACUGUGUCUCAGUGUUCGCCAUGAACCUGGGCGAUGCACAAACUGCAUUCAAAGUAAUGGCCCAGCCUGAUACCACCAAUGACGAGUACUCGCGGGCCAUGCCGUCCAAUCCACUCCAGAAAUACCGCAAAGACUGCACUAUUGCCGUGCCACAGUCAGUACCCUGGUUCACCGAGGAAGGUGGGGAAAACCCUCGUUUGUACCAGCAGGCCAUUGCCAAUUUGCGGUCCACGGGAGCUCAAAUCGUGGAAAUCGAUUUCGAACCGCUCCUAGAGCUUGCCCGUUGCUUAUACGAGGGCGCCUGGGUCGCAGAACGUUACGAGGCCACCCGCGAGUUUUUCAACACCAAUCCAGACCCUGCUACCCUAGACCCGACCGUCACUUCAAUCAUAAAAACAGGUCCAAACUUUGACGCCGCAGACGCUUUCAGAUUCGAGUAUAAGCGUCAAGGAAUCUUGCAAAAAGUCACAAAAUUGCUGAGCGACAUUGAUGUUCUUUGUGUUCCUACUUGUCCUCUCAACCCCACUUUUGAGCAAGUUGCAGCCGAACCCAUAAAAGUUAACUCUCAGCAAGGUACCUGGACCAAUUUUGUCAAUCUUUCGGACCUAGCCGCCCUAGCAGUUCCAGCCGGAUUCCGCAACGACGGUUUGCCAACGGGUAUCACAUUGAUAGGUAAAACAUUCACAGACUACGCUUUGUUGGACCUAGCAAAUCGUUAUUUCAAAACAGCAUUUCCUAACAAUUCAAGAUCUUAUGGACAAUUUACAGAUCGCACGAUUACUACCCAAGACGAGCUACAACCUGUUCCUUUCAGCCCAGAACAAUCCAUAAAACUAGCUGUUGUUGGUGCUCAUCUUAAGGGCUUACCACUUCAUUGGCAGCUUGAAAAGGUCAACGCUUCUUAUGUGGGAAGUCCCAAGACCUCCUCUAAUUAUAGACUAUAUGCCCUACCGAAAACUGGCCCUAUUUUGAAACCAGGACUUAGAAGAGUGUCGGACGGUAAGACGGGCGCACAAAUUCAACUUGAAGUUUACAGCGUGCCUAAGGACCAGUUUGGUACAUUUAUUGCCAUGGUUCCAGAACCAUUAGGGAUAGGCUCUGUUGAGCUCGAAUCUGGGGAAUGGGUAAAGUCCUUCAUUUGUGAGGAGUUUGGGUACCAACAAAAAGGGACUGUCGACAUCACUGAGUAUGGUAGCUUCAAGUCUUAUGUGGAGGCGUUGGCCCUGGACGUAUCCAAGGAGAGCAAGCCUUUUGAAACUGUCUUAGUCGCCAACAGAGGCGAGAUCGCUGUGCGCAUUAUUAAGACCUUAAAGAAGUUGAAGAUUAAAGCUGUUGCAGUUUUCUCUGACCCAGACAAGUAUUCUCAACACGUCACUGAUGCCGACUUUGCUGUAAGUUUGAAAGGUAGAACCGCCGCUGAAACAUACUUAGACAUUGACAAAAUCAUCAGCGCCGCUCAUCAAACUGGUGCACAGGCUAUUAUUCCAGGGUAUGGAUUUUUAUCUGAAAACGCUGAUUUCUCCGACAGAUGUGCCGCAGAAGGUAUCAACUUCGUUGGUCCCUCUGGUGAUGCUAUUAGAAAGUUGGGUCUUAAGCACUCCGCUAGAGAGAUUGCAAAAGAGGCCGGAGUUCCAUUAGUUCCUGGUUCGGGUUUGGUGAGCUCACCACAAGAGGCAAAGGAAAUCGCUGCUAAACUUGAAUAUCCUAUCAUGGUUAAGUCCACAGCUGGAGGCGGUGGUAUAGGCCUGCAAAAGGUCGACUCCGAAGAAGAUAUUGAGAGGGUUUUCGAAACUGUGCAGCACCAAGGCAAAGCGUAUUUUGGAGAUUCCGGCGUCUUUUUGGAGAGAUUUGUUGAAAAUGCCAGGCACGUCGAAAUUCAGAUGAUGGGUGAUGGCAAGGGUAAUGCCAUUGCCAUUGGUGAACGUGACUGUUCAUUGCAGCGGCGUAACCAGAAGGUUAUCGAAGAAACUCCAGCUCCAAAUUUAGGCGAAAAGACCAGACAACGGAUGCGCAAAGCAUCCGAGAACUUGGGCUCUAUCUUAAAGUACAAGUGCGCAGGUACAGUGGAGUUCAUUUACGAUGAAAAAAGAGAUGAAUUUUACUUUUUGGAGGUCAACGCCCGGCUGCAAGUGGAACAUCCAAUCACUGAGAUGGUCACUGGCUUGGAUCUUGUAGAAUGGAUGCUGUUGAUCGCUGCUGGCACUCCUCCGGACUUUGAAAAGGCCAAAAUCACAGUAACUGGCGCUUCUAUCGAAGCACGUCUAUAUGCGGAAAAUCCUGUCAAGGACUUCAGACCCUCUCCAGGUCAGUUAACGGAUGUGCAAUUUCCGAAGUGGGCCAGAGUUGACACCUGGGUAUCUAAAGGUACAACAGUGUCUGCUGAAUACGACCCUACUUUGGCCAAAAUUAUCGUCCAUGGCAAAGAUCGUAACGAAGCCAUUAAAAAGCUGAAUCAAGCAUUGAAUGAGACUGCCAUCUAUGGGUGCAUUACUAACAUUGACUACCUGAGAUCUAUUGCCUCUUCGGAAAUGUUCAAAACUGCGAAGGUUGCCACUAAGGUGUUGGAUUCUUAUGACUACAAACCAUGUGCCUUCGAAGUUACUGCGCCAGGUGCGUACACUACGGUUCAAGACUAUCCAGGAAGAGUUGGAUACUGGAGAAUUGGAGUUCCUCCUUCGGGACCCAUGGACUCCUACUCUUUCAGGCUAGCUAAUAGGAUUGUUGGGAACCACUAUAAGGCACCUGCCAUCGAGAUCACCCUUAAUGGGCCUAAGUUGGCUUUCCACACCGAUGUGGUCAUUGCUCUGACGGGUGGUGUAGCGCCUUGUACUGUAAACGAAAGAACAAUUGAGCAAAACAAACCUAUCUAUGUCAAGAGAGGCGAUCACUUAGCAAUCGGCAAAAUGACAACAGGAUGUCGGAUGUAUCUCGCAAUCAGGGGUGGCAUCGACGUCCCCGAGUACCUAGGUUCUAGAUCAACUUUUGCUCUAGGAAACAUGGGCGGCUACAAUGGCAGAGUGUUGAAAUUGGGAGAUGUUCUGUUUUUAAAUCAGCCUGAACUCCCAUCUUCCACGAUGCCAGCACCCGAGUACGAACCAUGUGAAGCUCCUGAAGACAUGAUUCCUGUUUUGACUGAAAGCAAAGAGUGGCAAAUUGGCGUUACUUGUGGUCCUCACGGCUCUCCGGACUUUUUCAAGCCAGAAUCUGUUGAGGAGUUUUUCAGUGAAAAGUGGAAAGCCCACUACAACUCUAACAGGUUUGGUGUUAGACUCAUCGGUCCUAAGCCUAAGUGGGCCAGAACUGAUGGUGGUGAGGGAGGGUUGCAUCCAUCAAACGCUCACGAUUACGUUUAUUCCCUUGGAGCCAUCAAUUUCACUGGCGACGAGCCUGUUAUCAUCACCGCCGAUGGCCCAUCUUUGGGAGGUUUUGUUUGUCAAGCUGUUAUUCCAGAGGGCGAAUUGUGGAAGGUUGGUCAAGUAAAGCCUGGCGACUGCAUUCAAUUUGUGCCAAUCUCGUACGCCUCCGCUAGAUUGUUGAAGGAAUCUCAAGAUAAAGCGAUCGAAGCAUUCGAAGAAGGACAUUUGAAGACCUUGGCCUCUGAGCUCAUUUUGCCCACCUACGAGAACCCUAUUUUGGCGCAGAUUGAGAGGAACUCUGAGUUCUGCCCCAAGGUUUCCUACCGUCAAGCAGGCGAUCGCUAUAUUUUGGUCGAAUAUGGGGAAAACGAAAUGGACUUGAACAUAUCGUACCGUGUUAACAGAUUGAUCAACCUUGUUGAGAAAAAUAAGACGGUGGGUAUAGUUGAAAUGUCACAAGGGGUCCGUUCUGUCUUGAUAGAAUACAAUGGUUACGACAUCACACAGAAACAGCUGCUGGAAACACUGAUUGCCUACGAAAAAGAGAUCAAGUUUGACAAUCACUGGACUAUCAAGUCGAAGGUCUUCAAACUGCCGCUCGCUUUCGAGGAUUCUGAAACUCUGGAGUGCGUCAAACGGUAUCAAGAAACUAUUCGUGCCAAAGCUCCAUGGCUACCUAACAAUGUCGACUUUAUCGCGGAUAUUAAUGGCAUUACUCAUAAACAAGUUGAAGAUAUGUUGUACAGCGCCAGAUUUUUAGUAUUGGGCUUGGGUGAUGUUUUUCUUGGUGCGCCAUGUGCAGUCCCAUUGGAUCCUCGCCAUAGGUUCCUUGGUUCCAAAUAUAAUCCCUCCAGAACUUACACGAAGAAUGGAACUGUAGGGAUUGGCGGAAUGUACAUGUGCAUAUACGCAAUGGACAGCCCUGGUGGCUACCAAUUGGUAGGUAGAACGAUUCCAAUUUGGGAUAAGCUGAAGCUCGGUGCUCACUCCACGGAACAUCCAUGGUUGCUGACACCUUUUGAUCAAGUUGAGUUCUACCCUGUGAGUGAGAAUGAUUUGAACAGAUUCACAGAAGAGUGUGGAAAUGGUCAGUUCCCUGUGCAGGUGGAAGAAAGCGUCUUUGAUCAUAAGAAGUACUUGCAAUGGAUUUCGCAAAACAGUGAAUCCAUUGAGGUUUUCCAGAAGUCUAUUGGCGGUGAAAAGGCAGAGGAGUUUUCGAGAUUAAUGCAAAAUUCUAAUGCCGAGUUGGAAAGUUCUAGUUCCACGGUUGCUGUUGAGGAAGAGGAGUUUCCAGAAGAUGCUGAAAUGGUUUACUCUGAGUACUCUGGGAGAUUCUGGAAACCCUUAGUGUCCGUUGGUGACACAGUAAAGGCCGGUGAUGGUUUGAUCAUUGUUGAGGCUAUGAAAACCGAAAUGGUCGUCUCAAUGCCUAAGGACGGUAAAGUUUUGAAGAUUAAACACAAGAACGGUGAUAUGGUUGAAGCCGGUGACGUCGUAGUUGUUGUUCAAUAA